UUUCGUCAACUUUCCCCUCUUUUUUUCUUACAGAGGCUGCUCAGUGCGGAAAACUUCUCUCUUCUUCAUUGUCUCUCUGUUUUUUCUUCCCUCUCUCUCUCUCUCUCUCUCUUUCUGGAAACACAGAAAUCACUGUUCAAUUACAAUUUAUCUCUUUGGGGGGGUGUCUUCAAUUCGAUUGGUUUUUGUUCAAUUGAUCCCUCUUUGAGAAAGUGGGUAUUGGGGCUUUGUUGCAGAGGGAAAUGAGGGAUGUUUUCGUGGCUGGCAAGGAUGGCGUCGGCUUGUUGGAAACCAGUGAGGCGGUAUGCCCGUAUGAACAAGGAUGAUGAUGAAGAUUGUUCUUUAGAGGACCCUUUGUUGUGGAGUAGAGAGCUUGAAAAGCACUCUUAUGGGGAAUUUUCUUUUGCUGUGGUUCAGGCUAAUGAGGUAAUUGAGGAUAAUAGUCAGGUUGAGACUGGCCCUGAUGUCACUUUCGUCGGCGUUUAUGAUGGCCAUGGUGGCCCUGAUGCUUCUCGCUUUAUCUGUGAUCAUCUUUUCAGGAAUCUAAUGAGGCUUGCUCAAGAAAAUGGAAACAUUACUGAAGAUAUUCUUCGAAGUGCAUUUUCUGCGACUGAGGAAGGGUUUCUUACGCUUGUUCGUCGGUCAUGGGGAAUAAAACCAACAAUUGCAGCUAUGGGAUCUUGUUGCCUGGUGGGAGUUAUCUGGAGAGGUACAUUAUACGUCGGUAACGUCGGUGAUUCCCGGGCCGUUAUUGGUUCUUUAAGUAGAUCUAAUAAGAUAGUUGCAGAACAGUUGACAAGGGAUCACAAUGCAAGUAUCGAGGAGGUUAGACAAGAACUUAGGUCCUUGCAUCCUGAUGACUCGCAUAUCGUUGUUAUGAAGCAUGGAGUCUGGCGUAUUAAAGGCAUAAUUCAGGUUUCCAGAUCAAUAGGUGAUGCAUAUUUAAAAAAACCAGAGUUUUCUCUCGAUCCAUCCUUUCCACGAUUCCACCUCGCGGAGCCUCUUCGACGGCCUGUUCUUACUGCAGAACCAUCAUUAAGUACCAGAGUUCUACAACCUAAUGACAAAUUUUUCAUAUUUGCAUCUGAUGGCCUCUGGGAGCAUCUAACAAACCAACAAGCUGUCGAGAUUGUGUAUAAUAACCCAAGAGCAGGAAUUGCAAAAAGACUCGUUAAAACAGCCCUAACUGAGGCUGCAAGGAAGAGGGAGAUGAGAUACGAUGAUUUGAAGAAGCUUGAAAAGGGCAUACGACGGUUUUUUCACGAUGAUAUCACAGUUGUUGUCAUCUUUCUGGACCAUGAGUUGCAAGGGAAGAAGGCACGAGUACCAGAAUUAUCUGUUCGUGGCUUCACCGAUACCGUGGGACCGUCAAAUUUCAAUGUUCUUCGAGGCAUCGAUGAGAAUGGAAGGUCUGUUGGCUGAAGUUACAAGGUUUAACUUGAUAGGAUGAAUCUGAUUGUUAGAACACUCAUAUAGCAGCAGCUGUUACUUGGAUUUGGAUUUGGAUUUGGGACUUUUUGAAACAUUUGGUUGAUUUAUCAGCUUCUUCUAUGUUCUUUUUGCUCAAAUUCCUUUUAUACAGAAAGUUUGAGGUUCUUUGUCUUUGCUUUCUGAUUUGCUCAUUUUAUGGUCAUAACUCUUAUAACAAAAGCUGGGGAUUCAUUUUGAUUUGAAUAUGGAGCUUUUUUGCUUCAGAAGUUGGAAUAAAUUUAUUGGCUUUGGGAUUUCA